AAAUAUUAGUGAUUAGUUAUGAAAAAGCAUUAAAGUAAGCAACAUGUUUGGAAUUAUCUCUUGAACUGAAUGAAAUGAAGGCACUAAUAUUAUUAAUAAAAACCAAGACAAAAGAAUGGGAUCAACCACAAUUUCGAAUAUAGAUAAAAACAGGCACAAUUAUGUGAUACAAUGUUAACAGUGUUUUGCAGGAGUGUUAAUGGUGGUGAGAUGAGAUAAGAGCAGGGGAAGUUAAGAAGGCACUGUACAACUACAACUGCCAUGUUCAGGGAUUCCUUGGAGUAGCAUUAAAGACUAUUUCUCUCUCUCUUUCACCUAUACCAGCCAAAUAAGUUUUACUAUGUAAGGAAAAACAAUGGACCAGAAAGAAAAAAAGAAUAAUAAAGAAAGGAAGAAAGAAAAGUAGCAGAAGAUUUAUAAGUUGGAUAUUGGAUUGAUGUUUUGAUGAUUUUUAUUUUUCUUGGUUGAAUGAGAACAUGGGUUCUUUUUCUCAGACACUGCUCAUGAUGAUUUUCAUAAUAAUCAUUUUCGUGCUUUUAUCAUUAAACAGUUGCAACACCACCAUCAUCCCCCACAAUGCUGAUGAUAAUGAUGCUUCUGCUGCUUUGUCAAAUGCCUAUGCACCAGAGAACUUUAAUGUUCAUAAUCAUCAUCUGAAUGUGAUUGAGAAAGUUUCAGGAAAAGAUGAGAAUAAUGAAGAAGAGCCUAAAAGUUCUUUAGUGGAAAAGUUCAGGGUUUUACUUGGGCUAAGAAGAGGCUUCCACGUCAGAAGAACAUCAAAUGGUGACUAUGGAUAUUUUUCUCCAGCCCCAUCUCCAUCGCUCUUUGGUGAAGCUGAGGCUCCUGCUCCUGCUCCAGCUCCGGUGCUUGCUCCUACUCCUGCGCCUAUGCAUCAUGUUCAUUUGAUUCCCCAUGCUGCAAAACAUGGUUUGAACAAAGUUCAUCCAGCUGACAAGAUUAAAAAAGAUGAUGAUGAUGAUAAAAGAAAAGUCAAAAGGAUUCUUAUGGCUGUUCUAGUCUCAGUAGGAGUUGCCACUUUGGUUUGUGUCGUUGGUCUCAUGUGGGCUUACAAGAAGUACAGAACAGAUCAAAAUAAGCACAAAAGAAAAAUUACAGUUUAUGGAAAAAAGGGAGGCAGAUCCAAGUGUAUGAGCUUCAACAAAUCAGCUAGCAAGGUGAGCUUAAAUCCUGGUCUUGAUCUCUUUUAUCUUGAUUCAUUAGGAAAAGAUCUAGAGCAACAACCACCAUAUGAGCCUUCUCCUUAUCUAAAGAAAAUUUCUGAAACUAUUGUCACAUCAUCACCAAAUCAAAGCAGACCAAAUGAUACUACUACAUUGCCUGAGAGAGAGGAGUCUGUCCAAGAAUUAGUGAAAUCUGAAUUUGAGAACAUCAGUAGUUCUAGGGAAAUUAAGUCAGUACAUGAAGAUGCAGAUUCAACCAACCAAGAACAUAAUAGCCUCACUUCCUCAUCUGGGGUUAAAGUUGUUCCUAUAGAAUAUCAUUCCUCUGAUGAAGAUGAUGAUGAUGAAUCUUUUCACUCCUUUGGAGAUUCGAACUCGUCUAAUGCCAUUCGUCUUUCCAAUGCUUCAGUAGGUAGUUUCAGUGAUGCCUUAGAGAAUUUCAACCCAAAUGAGUGGAACAAAUCUACUUUAAUGUCCCCUCUUGUGAACUUAUCUCAAAACUCUUCUCCAUAUCCGGAUUUAAACACACCAAGCAAAGAUGAAUGUGACAAAUCACCAACUGCAGCAUCCAACUCCAUAAGUCAAAAGAGUUUAAGCCCUCCUCCUCCCCCACCACCACCACCUCUGCCUCCCCCACGUGUAAGUUUUCUUUCUUUUUGCUCAACUAGAGCUGAGUCUAAAGCUUCAAGCUCUUCCACAUUGCCAAACCAAUCAUCUUCUAAAGAGCCAAAUUCCCUUUCUGAACCAAACAAAACUACAAUGCAAGUUAAUGAGUUGGCUUCUCCUUCUCCACUUAGGAACCCCUCAAAACCACCACCAAGCUCACCCGGAAUUCCUCCGCCACCAUGCCCUCCUCCAUUGUUGAGAGCUAGUAAUGCAUUUUCCAAGGGCACCCCACCUCCUCCACCAUCACAAUUUGAUCAGCUUUCGGCAUUGGGAAAAGAUGGAACACCGCUUCCAAAAUUGAAACCUCUUCAUUGGGACAAAGUAAGAGCUGCACCAGAUCGUUCCAUGGUGUGGGACAAGCUGAGAUCAAGUUCAUUUGAGUUGGAUGAGGAAAUGAUUGAGUCACUUUUCGGAUACAGUCUACAAAACUCAUUAAAGAAUGAUGAAGCAAAGAGCAAAACUCCUUCUCCAAGCAAGCAUGUGUUGGAGCCAAAGAGAUUACAGAACAUAACUAUACUCUCCAAAGCCAUCAGUGUGACUGGUGAGCAAGUAUGUGAGGCAAUAUUACAAGGGAAUGGCUUGUCAUUACAACAGCUAGAAGCACUUGUAAAGAUGGCACCAACAAAAGAUGAAGAAGCUAAACUCUCCGGCUACGAAGGAGACAUCACUGAACUGGGGUCAGCAGAGAAAUUUGUGAAGGCCAUACUUACCAUACCUUAUGCCUUUCAAAGAGUUGAAGCAAUGCUUUACAGAGAAACUUUUGAAGACGAAGUGGUUCACCUCAAAAACUCAUUUUCAAUGCUAGAGGAAGCAUGCAAGGAACUCAGAUCAAGCAGACUUUUCUUGAAGUUAUUAGAAGCUGUGCUCAAAACAGGCAACCGUAUGAACGUGGGAACCAUUAGAGGAGGUGCCAGAGCUUUCAAGCUCGACGCACUGCUCAAACUAGCCGACGUUAAAGGCACCGACGGCAAGACCACUCUGCUCCAUUUCGUUGUCCAGGAGAUUAUCAGAUUAGAAGGAAUCAGAGUUUCGGAUAGCAUAAUGGGAAGAAUUAACCAGGCGAAUAAAACCAGAACCCCUGAAGAGAAAGAAGAAGAUUACAGGAGAAUGGGACUAGAACUGGUCUCUGGCCUUAGCACUGAGCUUUACAACGUGAAGAAAACGGCUGCCAUUGAUUUGGAUGUUCUCGCCAGCUCUGUCUCCAACCUGUAUGAUGAGAUGUCCAAACUGAGAAGGCUUAUUACUAAGGACUUGAGAAUGGAUGAGAGAGGUGGGAACUUCGUAAACUCCAUGAAUUCGUUUCUGGGUUUUGCCGAGAAGAGGCUUAAGGAGCUACAGGGAGACGAAGACAGAGUUCUGUCUACUGUCAAAGAAAUUACAGAGUACUUUCAUGGUGAUGUGAGUAAAGAAGAAGCCAACCCACUUCGGAUAUUUGUGAUUGUGAGAGACUUUCUUGGCAUGUUGGACAAUGUAUGUAAGGAGCUUCGUAGUUCAAAUUCAAAAGCUCACCGUAGUCCGAACCCUCUGUCUCCGUUCAAAUAGAUGGCUUUGCUUCUUUCUUUUCUUUUUUUCUUCUUUAUUGUGCGUUUUAUGAAUAUGUAAUUCUCAUCAUUAAUCAACCAGAAUGUAAUCUGAUUUUGUUUUUUGUAUAAAGAUUUGGAUUUUUUUCUUAGGUUGAAUUGUUUGUCAACUUUUAGUAGUCUGGUAUUUUAUUUUUAAGCUUUCUUAAGUGGAGAAACAAAUCUUAUGUUGUUGUAAGUUGUAACCAAUGUAAAAAGUGAUCUUUAAUGUUU